AUGAACCGAAAACAACAAUCGUGGAACGAGCACGUGGAAGACGCGCGCGACGCCGCGGUCGACACGCUGGAAGACUUGACGGGAAAGGUGGAGAGCGGGCUCGAUUCGCUGCAAAAGUACGUCAAGUUUGGAAGCGCGCCCGAGGUGCUGCUGCGGAUUCGAAAGCAGUUUCGAUUGCGGAUACCGAUCGCGCCGGACGUGGUCGUCACGGCGGGGACGGACGUGCCGCUGCAGGCGGCGAACGAUGGCGAGGCGUUCGGGAAGGAGGUCUUCAAUUACAAGCCCAACCUGCAGUGGAAGGUGACGGAUUCGUGGUUCAACGGAGACAUUAAUCUCGACACGCGCAAGCACACGGUGUUUUACGAGAAGACGUUCGAUUUGGACGCGGUGCAGCUGAAGGUGAGCGGGAACUUCGAUUACAAGGAUCACGAACCGUACGUCGGGUUUCAGUUUUUGACGACGAAUGGCGUGACGUCUCCGGCGAUGCAAAACGGCUUUUGCGUGAAGAGGAAUCUCGAGCUGCACGACGGCGACAAGACCGCCUUCACGGCCAACGUCGAGGCGAGCUUGAUCCUCGGUUCGACGACGAUGGGCGGUAGAAAGGGGAAGAAGCUCGAAACGUCGCCGGCGACUGUCGAUUUUUCGCGAAUCGAACUGGAUUUGCUGCUCAAGUAA